UUCCCACUGCUGGCCCAGUCCCUCCUGGUCGCUCUCCCUUCCACGCUCCAGCUCUGGGCAGGAGAGGGCAAUGAGGGCAGCUGAGUGGGGCCGGGGCAGCCUCACAGGCAGGCUCCGGGGCAGCUGCUCCCCUCCUGCCUCCGCCUGGCGCCCUUGCCCAGCUGGCCGCCAGCGCACCCAGCGGGGUUGAGCCUUUUGCACCCCGGGUUCACCCCCACUUUCCACGCCCCGGUCCUCCACUCGCCGAGGGGCACAGCUCUGGCAGUAAGAACUUGCGGACAAGAACCCGACUUCCCUUUAUACUGAAAAACAAAAAAGAAAGAAAGAAAGAAAAGAAACAACAAAAAACAUUAAAAAAAAAAAAAGCCAGGACUGGAGAGGCUGCGGGCACAGCACGGAGUUUGGAGACGGGCGCCCCCUCCUCGCCCGUGUCCAGGAGCAAAGUUGCAGGCGCCCCUCCCCGCCCGGGCGAGCCUAGCCCAGCUUUUCAGUUUCGCCCUGGUGGCGGCUGCGCUCAGGGCAGGGUCCCAGCUCCAGCUGGGGAGAACCGUUCCCGCAGCCUUGGCACGGGCUCGCCCGCCGGUUCGCCGGCCCCGUGACUCCGGAGGGCGAGCCGCUUCCAGGCGGCGGCGGCGGCGGCGGCGGCAGUGGCGGCAGUGGCGGCAGUGGCAGUGGCGCGGCAGGAGUGAGCGAGCAGCCGGAGGACAGGCGGGCAGCGGCCGAGCCAGGUAUUUGAUCCUGAUGACCUUUAUUCAGGGGUCAAUUUCUCCAAGGUUCUGAGUACUCUCUUAGCUGUCAACAAGGCAACAGAAGAUCAGCUAUCAGAAAGACCAUGUGGACGUUCCUCUUCUCUUAGUGCUGCUAAUAGUUCUCAGACAAACCCACAGGGAGCAGUUACUAGCACAGCUCCAGGACUGCAAAGGCAGUCAAAGGCAGCGGAGAUGACGGAGAAUGGAAGUCAGCAGUUGAUAGUAAAGGCGAGAUUCAACUUUAAGCAGACAAAUGAAGAUGAACUGUCAGUCUGUAAAGGGGACAUCAUUUACGUCACUCGAGUUGAAGAGGGAGGCUGGUGGGAAGGCACAUUAAAUGGAAGAACAGGCUGGUUCCCUAGUAAUUAUGUCCGAGAAAUUAAAUCCAGUGAGAGACCUCUUUCUCCCAAGGCUGUCAAAGGAUUUGAUCCUGCUCCACUUACCAAGAAUUAUUAUUCUGUGGUGUUACAGAACAUCCUGGACACUGAAAAAGAGUAUGCAAAAGAACUCCAGUCUCUUCUUGUUACUUACUUGAGACCCCUACAGUCCAAUAACAAUCUGAGUUCUGUGGAGUUCACAUCUUUGCUAGGAAACUUUGAGGAAGUAUGCACGUUUCAACAGACACUUUGCCAAGCCUUGGAAGAGUGUUCAAAAUUUCCAGAAAACCAACACAAAGUAGGAGGUUGUCUCCUGAAUCUCAUGCCUCAUUUUAAAUCUAUGUAUAUGGCUUACUGUGCAAAUCAUCCUUCAGCUGUAAACGUUCUCACUCAGCACAGUGAUGAACUGGAACAAUUUAUGGAAAACCAAGGUGCGUCCAGCCCAGGCAUCCUCAUUUUAACAACAAGCCUCAGCAAACCAUUCAUGCGCCUGGAAAAGUAUGUUACUCUCCUGCAAGAGUUGGAACGACAUAUGGAGGAUACUCACCCAGAUCAUCAGGAUAUUCUGAAGGCAAUCAUAGCAUUCAAAGCUCUCAUGGGGCAGUGCCAAGAUCUGAGAAAAAGAAAACAGCUGGAGUUGCAGAUACUUUCUGAGCCUAUUCAGGCAUGGGAAGGGGAGGAUAUUAAAACCUUGGGAAAUGUGAUGUUCAUGUCACAAGUCAUGGUGCAGUAUGGAACAUGUGAGGAAAAAGAGGAACGAUACCUUUUGUUAUUUCCAAAUGCCUUGAUAAUGUUGUCUGCAAGUCCUCGGAUGAGUGGCUUUAUCUAUCAGGGAAAAAUACCAACAGCGGGCAUGGUGGUGACUAGAUUAGAUGAAAUUGAAGGGAAUGACUGCACCUUGGAAAUCACAGGCACCAUGGUAGAUAGACUAGUGGUCCAUUGCAACAACAACCAGGACUUCCAAGAAUGGUUGGAGCAGCUGAGCAGACUAAUCAGAGGACCUGCCUCCUGCAGUUCAUUAUCCAAAACAUCAUCAUCAUCAUGUAGUGCUCAUUCUUCUUUUAGCUCUACCGGACAGUCCCGAGGACCCUUGGAGCCUCCUCAAAUUAUAAAACCGUGGAGUUUAAGUUGUCUGCGACCUGCACCUCCACUUAGACCAUCAGCAGCUCUAGGUUAUAAAGAGAGGAUGUCUUAUAUCUUAAAGGAGUCUAGUAAAAGCCCCAAAACGAUGAAGAAGUUUCUUCAUAAAAGAAAGACUGAGAGAAAACCAUCAGAGGAGGAGUAUGUGAUCAGGAAAAGUACAGCCGCUCUGGAAGAGGAUGCUCAGAUUCUAAAAGUGAUUGAAGCCUACUGCACCAGUGCCAAUUUUCAACCAGGCCACGGCUCAAGUGCUCGCAAAGAUUCUGUUCCUCAAGUCCUACUGCCUGAGGAAGAGAAACUCAUCAUUGAAGAAACCAGGAGCAAUGGCCAGACCAUCAUAGAAGAAAAGAGCCUUGUCGAUACUGUUUAUGCCUUGAAGGAUGAAGUCAAAGAACUGAAGCAGGAGAAUAAAAGAAUGAAGCAAUGUCUGGAAGAAGAAUUGAAGUCAAGAAGGGACCUAGAAAAGCUGGUUCGGAGGCUGUUGAAGCAAACUGAUGAAUGCAUGCGAGCUGAGUCCGGUAGCAAGACCUCAAUUCUUCCAUAAGCAUCACUGAGCAACUGGGAGGAGUGUGCUUUCAGGGCAUCUUGAAAUGUCUGGUCAAAGAAUUUGACUCAGUUUGCUUGCUCACUUCUUUGGCUUUUAGUUUGAAUUUCAGUAUUUCUAGUAUCUCUCUCUCUCUCUCUCUCUCUCCCUCCCUCCCUCCCCCCUUUUUCUCUCUGUCUCUGUCUCUUUCUUUGAUGUUGUUUGGUUACUGGUUGGUUACUAUUCCAACAGGGAAAAAAAACAGAAGGUGAAGGUAGGAGUGGCCCUAAUCUUUUCCAUUUAAUGAAGAAAGGAAAGCCAAUGCAGGCAAAUGACUUAAGUGGUCCUCAGAUGGCCUUCAGUUCACAGUGCCUCUACAACAGCAAUGCCCUUGAGCCAUGCUUAUUGGGCUGGCUGCUGCAGUGAAGCAGCUGGCCAUGGCUUAUUCAAUGUGAACCCAACCUUCCCCCAACCCAGUGCUUUCCUGUACUUGCCAGCCUCUCACUAUCUAACAUGCUAAAGGCAGAGCUUCCUGAGCCAUGACUAGAGUAGGGUAAAAGACUAACAAUUGCCCAGUGAGCCAACUGCCCUUCCCUAGACUUUCAUGCAGCACCCCCCAAUCAAUCACACCAUUUUAAAAAUUACUACUCUUUGUUGUCUGUAAGACCAAGAAAACAGCAGUACCUUAAUUCCUAGUGCACUGGUGCACAGUUUAACUGAAUGAGGCAGACACUCUGGUUAUUCAUGCUGACACCCAGUCCAUCAGCAAAUUGCAUUGGACAAUCCUCCCCUUCAGCAGCAGAGUUGCCCAUCUCCUCCCAGCGCAUGAUAAGUUGCCCCCUAGCCUUCUGCCCAGUGUGUAAGCUUCCUAUUUCCCCAGUGCUUUUGGCCAACUGUACCAAGUGGUAUGUAAACUUGUAUGUAUGUGCUUUGUUUCCUUUUUUGAAAAUGUAGUUAGACUGUGAGCAGUUACCUUAUCUACAUUGCAUAUUCAAACUAUGACCUUUCACCCUUCAAAGCAAUCUGCAUUGAGAAGAUAUUGUGCUCUUCCUACAGCUUUCAUUCACUCUAUUGCUAUCUCAUAUUGUAAUAUUCACCCACCUGUUUAAAUAGGACUUUCAGCAUUAUUUGCAUUAUUUACAGAAAUGUACUUUUGGUUCAGUUUGUAUAUCCAGAAUGAAAGGGCCCCUGUAGCAGCCGUGUGGUGGCUACUAACAAAACUGAUUAUUUGAAAUUGGUUUAUUCAAGUUGCUCAUUGAAUGAAUGAACAAAACAGUGCAUAUCCAAAUUCAGCAAAAUUGAAAGUCUGCCCAAAGCUCUAGGACAGAGUAGUAUACCUGCCCCUCCUCCCCUAAAGGCAGGGCACAUUGGGCUGAGUGACACUGGAAACAGAGGCGAAGGCCAAUCGGCUGAUGAAAGUUUUCUCCCAGAUAUACUGAUGGGUGUCUGUAAUGUGGGUUUUGCAAAUGUUUAGAAACUAAACUUGAAGCUUGAAACCCUCAGCUUGCAGAGGAGCCUUUUUUUCUGGUACUGAAGUCUCAAGAUCUCAAAGCUACAUGGUACAGGGCUGUGGUCUGCCUGCUGCAUAGCAGACAUUACACCACCCACAGGAAGUUGACUAUUCCUGCACUCCAGCAUCAGCCCACCACACAUAGCCAGCUUUGGAAGCCUUAGGCAGAAGAUUUCUAGGAAUGACUAUUGUUCUGGUUUUAAGCACAGAAGUUUGGGUCUGACAUCCUUCACCUAAAAAUUAAAAACAACAAAAACAACACAAGUGUUUGCCUUUUCCCUGUCUGUGGUUAGUCAACGCCUUGCAAUAAUUGUGCAAACUAUAUCUGUAGGAAACAUUUUUGUAAUUACAAGAUACUUUAGUUGAUUGCUUAAAAUAUUGAAAGGUCUUUAUUUUAGAGUGAUGUGUACAUAUGCAUGUUUUUGGGACUUGACCCUUCUGAUGAGAGGGUUUUGGUACUCUGGGUAAUGAAGCUUGUGCACAGUGGUGUCCGUGCUUACACACUAAAUAAUAAUAUAAAGGAAAUGAAGCCAUGUUAACCUGAGAGCAGUGUCUCCAUAGUUGUGUUGUUUACAAUACUCUAUAAAUGGGUUUCUGUUACUCUGUAAUUAAAUUGCUGCCCUUAGAGGCCUUUCAGUUCCUUUCUGUCAUGUCCCUUCUUACACAAGCUCAACAUUUUCUAACUUGUUAUUAUUUUAAAUACUUUUAAAAUGGACAUUUUCAAUAAAUAAAAAUAAACAGUGCUUUUUAAAAUA